AUGUCGGCAGCCGGCAGCAAAUACAUCGACACGGAGGUGGAGAACGCCAUCAACGGGGUGAAGCAGAUGAAGACCCUCAUGGACAAGACCAGUAAGGACCAUCAAGCCAUCCUGCAGACACUGGAGGAGACCAAGAGGAGGAAGGAGGAAGCGGUGCAGCUGGCCAGGGAGAAGGAGCAGCAGUUGGAGGGGAAGCAGGAGAUCUGCAACGAGACCAUGUUGGCUCUUUGGGAGGAGUGCAAGCCCUGCCUCAAACACACCUGCAUGCGCUUCUACUCCCGCACCUGCCACAGCGGCUCGGGGCUGGUGGGACGGCAGCUGGAGGAACUCCUCAACCAUUCCUCACCCUUCUCCAUCUGGGUGAACGGCGAGCGCAUCGACUCGCUGCUGGAGCGGGAUCAGAGGCAGGAGAAGCAGUUUGAAGACUUAGAAGAACGUUUUGGGUUGUUGGAAGAUGGUGUAGAUGACAUUUUCCAGGACAGCACCCAAGUUUAUGGUCGCCUGUACCCCUUCUUCCCAUCACCCUUCGGUGGUUUCCGUGAGGUUCUCCGUCCCCCCGUCCAGCGUGUCCGUCUCAUCCCACGUAACCAGAGGUUCUCCCGGGAGCUCCAUCCCUUUUUCCAACAUCCCCAUCAUGGUUUCCAUCAUCUCUUCCAACCACUCUUUGAGAUGACCCAGAAGAUGUUGGAGGAGGCACAAGGUGGUUGGGAGCACCCGUUGGGUGGCUUUGGCUCAGGGUCUCGGAACUCCAGCGAGGAGCGCAUGGUGUGUCGGGAGAUCCGGAGGAACUCGGCCGGCUGCCUGCGCAUGAGGGACGAGUGCGAGAAGUGCCGGGAGAUCCUCUCCGUGG